UUUGGACUACAUAAGGUUAAAGCACAGCCCAGCAGUUGACUGUGAAAUAGGCUAGCGUUAAUGAAAUUUGAUUCGACUUAUAAUGCUGAACAUAUUCUAAUUCAUUUAAGGAAUGAAUAUGUACCUUAAUGUUUGAAAAUAUGAAACGGAGGCAACGAUGUUUUACUCAACAUCAGUGGUUUGGAUUUAUGUGAAAUGAUGGACAAGUGCUUGCAAUGUAUUAAGGGGACAGGCUAGGUCGUGAUAGAGAUAACAAACUGUUUGUACUUUAUAACCUAACUAAUGUCCUACACUUAGCUGUAUGGCCUACCAACAUAGAUAUCAGCCGCCAUUGACAUGUUGCACAGCAAUCACAACCUACUAACACUACAUGUAUUCAAACAAAAAUUUGAUUCAUGAACAGUAGAUAAAAGAAAAAUCAAAAUCAUGUCACUAGCCGAACAGUCCCAAAAGUGGUUCCCAACUCAUGUCCAAGCCACUGUGCUCCAAGCAACUGAUCUUCAACCUAAGGGCAAGAAUGGUACCAAUGAUGCCUACACAAUCAUUCAGCUGGGGAAAGAGAAGUACUCAACAUCUGUGGCAGAGAAAACACUCAACCCUAUUUGGAGAGAAGAAGCCUCCUUUGAGCUACCAGGUCUGCUCUUGGAGGGAAACCCAGAGAUCUAUGAACUUAGUUUUAUAGUGAUGCAUCGCUCCUUGGUGGGGAUGGAUAAAUUCUUGGGUCAGAAAUCGAUCAAUCUUAAUGAAAUAUUUGAUAACAAGGAGCGAAGGAAAACUGACUGGUACUUUUUGGACUCCAGGCCGGGGAAGAAGAGGAAAGAGAGGGGCCGGAUCCAGGUCAGCAUUCAGUUCAUGAGGAACAACAUGACAGCCAGCAUGUUUGACCUCUCCAUGAAGGACAAGCCACGCUCACCCUUCUCAAAGCUCAAGGACAAGAUGAAGAGUCGGAAGCAUGACAGUGGUUUUUCAGACACCUCCUCAGCCAUCCUGCCACGCUCUGCCUUAUGCGACUCGGAGCCCCAACACCAUCCCGUUGCUCCGGAACAUCCCACCCAACCAGAGACCAAGGCCAAGAGACCCUUGCUUGCUGGCUCCCACAAGCUCUCUGCUGCCCACUCUAUGUCAGACCUUAUUGGUACCCAUUUUCGUCCUAAGCUGGACUCCAUGAACUCCAUAGAGGAAACCGGGAGUGUAGCUUCCCCUCACAGGCGGUCCCAAAGUGAGGUUCCGGGCUAUGAGGAUUGUGAGCAGCAUAGUGAUCCUUUCACUGACAUAAGUGACACCUUGCCUCAGAAAUACGCCACCCUCCCACGCAACCGCAACCCUUUCGAAGGAGAGCACGGACAGCUAUGGGACCGCGCAGAGCGUAAGGAGAAGAAGGAGAAGGUCAGCCUGCUGGAACGUGUGACCGGAAAAAAGGAGGGCCGUAAGACCAGCGGAGGGCGUUCAGGGAGCUCUGGGGACCUGCGUUCGCCCAACCCGUUCAGCAGCGACACACAAGGGGACACGAACCCCUUCAGCUCACACUUCAAAACAAGUGACAAAAAGCCCACCAGAAAUGAUGAAAUCACCUGUGGCCGAAAGCCAAAAGAGAACUACAGCAAGAAAAAAGAAACAAACCAGGAAAUGGUGGCGUCCUACAGCAGUCUUUCCUUUGAAGAGGUUGUGCAGGAGCUCGUCAAGCAGAAGGAAGUGGUAAAGAAGAAGGACGCCCAUAUUCGUGAGCUGGAAGACUACAUCGAUAACCUACUUGUGCGCGUCAUGGAGGAGACUCCGAGCAUCCUUCGAACACCCUAUGAGCCAAAAAGGAAAGCUGGUAAAAUCUCCAAAAAGUAGAUUAUGGAAGAGCAGGGUCAAAAGCGGUGUUUUGUUUCAGUGAUAUUCCUUCAAAGCAGUUUACGAUUGCAUUGUGGAUAUACUGUUGACCAAAUGGAAGGAAAUUGGAUUAACUAAUGCCAAAUUUGUGCUAUUAUUUUAGUUCCUUAUCUGUUACUAAAUCUGCUUUAAUGCAGUAUACAUUUGUAGAUUUUGUAUAUUUUCAUUUGAGUUUACACCAGUUUAUCAAACUAUUACUACUGGGUAAUAAUAUCCAGAUACAGUAUAACAUUUGACUCAAAGCGGUUGCAAUUUUCCCUGUUCCCCAAGCCUUUUUGAUAUGGUACUUUUACAUUUUUGGCAUUCUGCUCUUUUGGUCAUCAAAUUCAUCAAUUGAUCUCAGGUGAGACCAACAGGUUUCUGAGUCAUUACCUUGUUUACUCUUCAUUUCGUUAUAAGAUUAAGCUCUCGUGGUUUUGAAUGUGCGAGUGUUGCUGUGCAUUGCAUUGCUCAAAUUCCUUUCAGUAUUGCACAUACAGAUUAAUUUAAUAAUUUACCAUUAAAAUCUUAAAAGACAAUGUCAACAUUUAUCAAGCAUUGUGCAAUGACAGUGGGACUAACAUGCAAAUAGCCCUACAGCCAAAGCAAAUAAGGCCACUCUGUGGUUUUCAAUCCAGAUGCUCUUAUAGUAUAAUAUAUAAUAUACUUGAAUGUAGCCAAAUGCAUGUUUACCACAUGCUCAUGGUCUUUGUUUGCUGGAAAGAAAGCGGUCAAGUGCUUGAUUGCUGCUGAGCUGCAAUGACUGUGUUUACACUUCAGCCCAAACUGCAAAAUUAGUACUGAAAAUCACCCAGCCACUCAGAUGAUCCCCACAAUUCCAUACGGCUUAUGCUGUAGUCAGUACAGCGUUGAUAUGCAGAAGGUGUGGAUGUGUUUUAGUGCUAUCUCCUCCCUCAGUCAUGAUAUCUAAACAUGUUCAAAUAUAGUUGUAGAAGGGUAGCCACUAAGCACUACUGAAUACUUUGUAAUGCAUUGCAUUUUCAACAUCUACCAGAAAAAGACUUACGGUGAACAUUAUAUCGAGACUGAAUUAUAGUAGUGGAGUGCAUGAAUUGUGAACAAACUGAAGGCACUGCAAUUGAAGUCAAAAAUUUUACACCAAAAUAUGUCUUUCAAAGAGCUGUUAUUGCCCAACAUAUUAUACCACAGCUUUUUGUUGUUUGUGAGAGUUAUUAUGAGGACCAUGCUUUCUUUGACCAAUUAUUAAUAAGUGCAAUGAUCGUAAUUGAGCUAUUUGCUUAAUAUUCUGCUGGAGUCAAUCAAUUGUUUACAUAUUUUUUUUAUUAUCAUCAUGCAUCUUCUAUUUUCGUUACUGCACUUGGCCUGUUCCUUUGGUUGAACAGACACUGUAGUACUACGAUUCACAUGGUGCAGUUCUGUUGUUGUGGGUAGUGUGAGUAUAUGUUUCCAUGGAAAUGUUGUAUAAGGCAGAAAGAAUCAUGGCAUCCAUUUCCAUAGUUGUUGUUGAAUAUCCUGUUUCAGGAACCAUGAAAUUGCUUCCCACCCGUAGAAUAACCUGUUACUGUGUUAAAUUGACAUUUGUAGAUACUUGUGACCUAUGUCCCAGUAAUACAGGAAUUAGGUAUGUUAAAAGCAGACUAACUUCAUAUGAAUGUUGUAUACCACUUACCAUGGCAACUUUUAGGACACUAAUGUCAAAACAGCACUUUGUCAUACAUGUUAUUGUUUUGACCGUGUCAUUGUUAGAGAUGACUGGUACUGGAUUUUGUCUUCUGUCCAAGUUACAUAAAUUGUUAAAUUCCUUUUUUCAAGGUUCUCAAAAAUCGAAAGUCACAUUUCCUUUUCAGCAUUUUCAUAUUAUAUACAUGUUCUCCCUUUUAAUUGAAUGAUGUGCCAUCUACAGUGUUACUUAGGCCUACUUAAUAUUCUAAAUCUGUUGGAUUUAUCUACACAAAUUGUAUUUGCAACCGCUGGUACUGCAGCCCAACUUGGUAAUUUUGGUAAAGAACUUGUGUAAUGACAGUUUGCCUGUUGUAGUGCCCGUUUUCUACAAAUGCAAGUGCAGUGCUCCUUGGCAGUCCAUGGCUCCAUGCUUAGUGCAGCGAACACGUUAAUAUAUUUAUUUCUCCCAAACUCAAACCGCUCAACAAAACAACGUGACAUGCGGCGCUUCAUGUCCUUGGGUCCUGAGCAAUACACCUGCCGUGUUUUUCAACUUCAUACAAUGCCCGGUUCUCAAGAUAAUCCAGACACAGAGAGAGAUUCCUGCUUUCACAGUUAGAUGUUUGACCAAUGUGGUUGUCUAUAGUCUUCCUUUUGUUUACUUUCUUGGUUUGGUUUACCCUCACAUUGGGAUUAAGCUUGUACGUGGUUGUACCUGACCUUUACUAACAAAUGUUGUGGAAUUCUACAAAAUAUAAUGUUUUGUUUAAAUUAAGUUUACGUGAAACUUGUCAUGACAUACAUUGGUACUAUAUUUUACAUCCUCCAGUGCUGCAAAAUGAAAAAUACGUUUUUCAUAUUAGUGUACCUGAAUAUUGCAACGUUGUACCUUUUUAAUGCUGGAAUCUCCCACAAAUGAAUGCAUUUUAUGUUUCUAAAUUAACUACUUGCUCAGCAAACUACUGUACAGACAUUAGGCUAACAUUAAUGUGCUGUAAUAUAAUGUCUUAAAUGUUGGUGUAACCAAAAUAAUAAUGUGUAAGAACUGCUUUCUUUGGAGAACUUGAGAUGUACACCAAGGUCAGUUAGUCCUGAGUUUAUGUAGGUGUUGGUUCUUUUUUUGUCAUUGUCCUUUCUCAGAUACCUUUCUUAGUACAUGCAUAAUCUGCUAUUUAGAAGCCUGUUUUGUUGAUGGAAUAUCUCUAAGAACACUCAAUAUUUUCACAAUGUUAGCCUAGCCAAUUGAUUUUGAGAGACCUUUAGUCUCAACAAUUGUUUAGGAUUAGAAAAUAUACUUCGAUUAUUGAGUAUUAAUCACAUACCUUCAGAACAUGAUUGUAAACUGAUUCCAGUAUUAAAAUAUUAUUUACAUGUCAUUCAAACUAGGGCUGUGUAUGUAUCUCAUAUCUCACAAGUUUGGUUUUACAGUACAUUUUUCAUAUUUAACAAUACUGAUUGUUAAACUCUCAGCAGAUUUGUACACAGCCUGGUCCAUGUCAUUCAAAUUGACAUACUGUAAGACUAUUUGAUAAGGGCAGCUGGUGGGGUGGGGGGGGGGGGCUUAACUUUACAAAGCUGGCACUAUUCUUAUAGUCCUCCACUGGAAGUCAUUAGCUUUGACACAAUUCAUUGCAUCUGUCAGUAGUUAAAACACUGGGAAAAUAACUUGAUGUGACUUGUAACAUGGCACAACAUUUCCUAGGAAACUGGUCAUUUCUUAUAGUGUAUCACAGUUAAGAAAUGUAGUCUCUUGGUAAGCUGCUUACACAAUGACCUCUGUUACAAAA